AGUGGUGUUGCACGGGAUAGUUCAGAAGUGCGCCACCCGGAAGUCCCCGCGGUCGCUGCUGGCGCUACGGUAGCAACCCGGGAGACCUCUCCUGCCCCCGGCCCGGGAGGCCGAGAUGGCCCCUGUGUCCCGGUCUCGAAGCCCUCCAGGAUCUCCAGGCCCCCGGUGGAAGGGCGGCAGCAGCUCCUCGGCGAGUCCCUCGCCCCCAAAAACCCUCCGGCCCCACCGGCCUGCGUCCCCCGAGAAGCGGGGCAGGAGGUCGCGGUCCCGGGAGCGCAACGGCUCGAAGCAUCGGCGGAGCCGCAGCUGGUCCCGCUCCCGGGAGCGCACGCCGGGCGGGCCGCGCUCCUCCUCCGCUCACCACGGGCACCAUCACCACGGCGGCGGCAAGCAGUGGCCGGACUACUACGAGAAGGAGAAGGAAGAGAUCCUGCGGCAGAGGAGACUGAAUGAGAGAGAGAGGAUUGGAGAACUGGGAGCACCUGAAGUCUGGGGACUGUCACCAAAGGUUCCUGACCCAGAUUCUGAUGAGCAUACCCCAGCAGAAGAUGAGGAAGCAAAAUCUAAGAGGAGCAGCUCUUCAGAUUCCAGUUCAGAAGAAGAGAAAAAAAAGAAGAAAAAAAAGGAAAAGAAAAGAAAGAGGUCUAAAAGAAAACACAGAAAGCAUUCUGGGGACAGUGACAGCGAAUCUGAGUCUGAACUAAACUCCAGUGAUGAGGAAGAGAAAAAGAAAACCAAGAAGAAGAAAAAGAAACAUAGAAAAAAGAAGUCUAAAAAAAAGAAGAGUAAGAGGAGUAGGAAGAAAUCCAGUGAUUCAAGUAGUGAAGAUUCUGAUGAAGCGCUUCAAGGGGAUGAUCUCUGGAUUGAGAGAUCAAAAAGUACAGACGCUGAUAAUUUAAUUGGACCAGAAGCUCCAAAAAUGCAUGCAUCUCAAGAUGAUAGGCCUUUGAACUAUGGUCAUGCUUUGCUGCCUGGUGAAGGUGCAGCUAUGGCAGAGUACGUAAAGGCUGGAAAACGUAUCCCUCGAAGAGGUGAAAUUGGCUUGACCAGUGAAGAGAUUGCAUCAUUCGAGUGCUCUGGUUAUGUAAUGAGUGGUAGCAGGCAUCGCCGAAUGGAAGCUGUGCGUCUGCGUAAAGAGAACCAGAUCUACAGUGCAGAUGAGAAGAGAGCUCUGGCAUCUUUCAACCAGGAGGAGAGACGGAAGCGAGAGAACAAGAUCCUGGCUAGCUUCCGAGAAAUGGUCUACAGAAAGACUAAGGGCAAAGAAGACAAAUGACUGCUUUUUUUAAUUGUACAGCACAGAUUGUUGUCAACAGAGGCUAACCUCUCCCUUGUUUGACUUGGAAACAGCUGUAAAGUGCUCCAGUGCCUUCUACCCAAUGGGAUCCAGUUCUCAGGAAUGGAUCAUUUAUAUCAAAGAAACAUUUAUCCUUAAUAGACUGCUUGGAUAACUCACUCAGCAGCUGUAGGCAACUGUCAUUAGGGGAAGUGCAGACUCCUGAAUGAGUCUGAGAAGCAUGCAGGGUGGUUUACAGAAUAUAGUAAUAUACUGUAUUAGACCUUGAUAUGGACACAAGAUUCCAUCACCAGUGGGGCUGCUGCUGGUGAAAUGAAACGUAACCAUCUUCUGAUUAUUUUGGUUAAUCAACAUGGCAUAAUCAGACUAGACUUAACCACCAUGAACAGGCUACUACUACUAGUGGCAAAAAUUAAGGAAUUCCUAAAUGUCAGUUCAUACAUCUGUUCAUUUAUUAUGUGCUUUUGACAAGUUCUACUUAUGGUUUCCUUUUUGUUUUCUUCCUCAAAAGAAUUGACUUCAUGGUUUGUGAUUCAAACUCCAUUUGUAAAUAGAAAUGUAUUUGUAAUUUAAUAGAUGCUGAUUUCAACUAUUUUAAAAUGAAUCACAGCAGUGUGUAUUGCAAAAGUAGGAACAGUAAGGGUCUGGCCUAAAACCUACAAAGCCCAAGACAUUGAAUGAAAGAAUUUAAAGUUUGCUUCCUUUUUUACUUAGCUGCUGUACAUAGAUAUCUGGCUGAUGGGGUACAGUAGUAACCAGUGUUUGUAAGUUCUAGAAAUACACAAGCAGUAACUGAGGAUUUUCAUUCCAGUUCUGAAUUUCUUUGC